GAAAAGUGACUACUGAACCUUGCCAAGACACAGCAGCUGCAGAAACUGCCAGAGCCUAAAGGAGACAGACUUGCCAGGACUCAAGCAGCUCUACAUCAUGAACAAUGAGGAGAGUGUGUCUGCUGUUAAUAACCCAGAUAAUGUCCAUGUCACCGAGCCUCCAUAUGCUAUGACCCCUGGAAACCAGAAGAAGCCUUUGGAAAGGAAUACUUACCAGGCACCAGCAAAAAUGCUCCGCUUUACAGGGAGUGGAAACUUACAGAACCCAUACUGUGCGGUCCAGCAUCCAGCUGGAAUGACAGGCUUGCAGGCCAAGCCCAGUCGGAUACCAUACUCAGGGGGAACGGCUAAUGUGCAGUGCUCACCAGAAAUAACAACUGCCCCAGGGCCAACAAAGACAGCAAGCCAUCUACAGUGGAACAUGUCCUCUAUGUCCUGUUCUGAAUUUAAUCCCAAGAAAGUCAUAAAUGAAGAUGUCAGAACAUUAGGGGGCAUCCAGAUCAUCAUUGGCCUACUUCAUAUUGUGUCUGCAUUCAACCCUGAACUAUACAGGAAUACUACUGUGCUGGGGUUAUCAGGGUACCUGGUCUGGGGAGGACUGUCUUUUAUCAUCUCUGGAUUCCUCUCAGUCUGGGUUGCAAAGGACCCCAGAAGCUGCCUGGUGAUCACCAACAUCGGCAUGAAUGUCAUCAGUUCCAUCUUCUCCCUUUUGGGCGUCAUUAUUAUCGUUGUAGAUCUGUGUGUUUCCAACGCUGAUGUUAAUUCACUGACGGGUUGUCUGAAGGCAAUCUCUGGGGGUCUCCUCCCCUUUGCCCUCCUGGAAUUCAUCAUCACCUGUAUGAUCUCACAUUUUGGGUGCCAGGCUGCCUGCUGGACCGAUUUUAAGAACAUCUCAACCAUGUUCAGUAACAACACAGUCAACACGUCCAGUGGAUGUAUCAACAUGACCAAUGGACCUGUCAAUACGACUGAUAGACGUGUCAAAAUGACCAAUAGACCUGUCUAUACGACCAAUGGACCUGUCAAUACGACUGAUAGACGUGUCAACAUGACCAAUAGACCUGUCUAUACGACCAAUGGACCUGCCUAUACGACUGAUAGACCUGUCAACAUGACCAAUAGACCUGUCUAUACGACCAAUGGACCUGUCUCUACAACCGAGGGACCAGUCAACAUGACCAAUGGACCUGUCAACAGCACCAGUCCAGACACUGACACCAACAUCCCAGCCCCCAGUAAUGCUCCCCCUGGACACUCAUACAAAGAUAGAGAUGAUCUUGACCAGCAAUAGCUGACAGAAGACCCAUUUCAAUGACAUGGAAGUACCUCUGCAACGGUAGCUUUGCUUCCACAUGAAACAACUGAGACCUUGACCCUGGCAUAACCACUAGGCCAAGAUGAACACCCAUUUUUCCCUCCUCUUCACUCUUAAGCUUCCCUUUGGUUUGCUAUUAAUGUGCUUUUCUAAUUCAUAAAUGUCUCCCUUUGACUCUA